GAGAGGGAGGAGGAGAACCGACAGUCAUCUGAUUCUUUUCCCGUCCCACCCUCUACCGUACUCUCGGCGAGAGUUCACGGUAAUCGGUCACAGCACACGGAGUUUGAGAGAGUUUGUGAGCCGAGCGACUCAUCACGAUCAACGCCGAGCCGUUUCAAUGACGCGACGACAUUAAAACACGAUCCGAACGGAGACGCGAUCAGCAGACCGACCCUUGACGCUCUUCCUGUUCCCGACGCCGAGAGAAGUUCAAGUGUGUUUGUACAAACCCGAUCAGAACUUCAGAAACAUCGGACACAAGACACAUCAUGAUCAUUCGCGUAAAAAACCCCGACGCUGCGCUACAGACGACGCGAGUGCGUUUCUGAACGCGUUCGGCCGCUUUUUGCACACAAGUUGAAUGCGCUUUUCCUGCUAUUCUUCUGUGAGCGCUUCCUGCUCGGCUAAAAAUACUGACAUCUCAACAGAAGCUCGUUCAGUGUGAUAUACAUCUCGUUUGAUCUCAUGUUUGGAGAUACUUCUGUCUUAUAAGAACCUUGAGAUCUUGGUAAGUCAGAAGAUCCAUGUUUGUAUCUCUUUGAACUCUUGAUAGAAGGUGUUUUGGGAGUAUGUGUGCUGAAAUGUUCCUCAAGUGACCAUCCACCACUGUUCUGGUAAAUGGAGUCACAUUGGACCAUUCAUUCAUAGUUGAAGGUCCAUCCUUUGCACUUUGAUGGAGAUUCCAAUGGAUUUUGAUGUCUGAUGGAGAUAUUUUUCACCCAUGAUCCGGACGUACAGAGAUCUGAGGGCGUCCUUGAUAAUCGACGUCCAAACGCAUCUGAUCGCAUUCAAGCCACCUCGUGAAGCUCCAUGGAGCCUCUGAAGAACAUUUUCACCCACAGUCCGUUGUCCACCUGGAAGAGUUUGGAUCAGACCCAGAAGGGGAACUUCACCAACCCUGUUUGGACCGCUUUGUUCGACUAUGAGGCCUCGGGAAAGGACGAGUUGACCCUUCGUAAAGGCGACCUGGUGGAGGUCCUGUCUCUGGAUUCGGAGAUAUCCGGAGAUGAAGGAUGGUGGGCGGGGAAGGUCAACAACAAAGUGGGAAUCUUCCCCUCCAACUACGUCUCCUUCAAACCCAGCAGAUAUGGGAAGCUGCCGGGUCCCGGGGUGGUCCAGGACUUGGGCCCAGCCGUGGUCAGCGAGUUCGAGCCGGAGAUGGUGGACUUCAGAGAGCUGAGUCUGGAGGAGGUCAUCGGGGUCGGGGGUUUUGGGAAGGUCUACCGGGGCACCUGGAGGGGCGGGCUGGUGGCCGUCAAAGCGGCCCGUCAGGACCCGGACGAGGACAUCAGCGUCACGGCCCAGAACGUCCAGAACGAGGCGAGACUCUUCGCCAUGCUCCAACACCCCAACAUCAUCGCGCUCAAGGGCGUUUGCCUUCAGGAACCCAACCUGUGUCUGAUUAUGGAGUACGCGUCUGGUGGGGCGCUCAGCCGGGCUCUGGCUGGGUGUCGGAUCCCACCCCACGUGCUGGUCAACUGGGCGGUCCAGAUCGCCCGAGGGAUGCUGUACCUCCACAGCGAGGCCAUCGUACCCGUGAUCCACCGAGAUCUGAAGUCUAACAACAUCUUGUUGGCAGAGCCGGUGGAGCAGGGCAGUAUUGAGGGAAAGACGCUGAAGAUCACAGAUUUUGGACUGGCGCGAGAGUGGCAUAAAACCACUAAGAUGAGCACAGCGGGCACGUACGCCUGGAUGGCACCAGAGGUCAUCAAAUCAUCCACCUUCUCGAAGGGAAGCGACGUGUGGAGUUACGGUGUGUUACUGUGGGAGCUGUUGACGGGUGAAGCUCCCUACAGAGGGAUCGACGGUCUCGCGGUUGCUUAUGGAGUCGCUGUAAACAAACUGACGCUCCCGAUUCCCUCCACCUGCCCUGAACCCUUCGCUCAGCUCAUGUCGGAGUGCUGGGAUCAGGACCCUCACCGGCGGCCCAGUUUCAGGUGUAUUCUGGAUCAGUUGACGGCUCUGGAGGAGCAGGUGUUGAACGAGAUGCCUCCAGAUUCAUUUCACUCUCUUCAGGAUGACUGGAAGCACGAGAUCCAGAGCAUGUUUGAUGAGCUCAGGGCCAAAGAGAAGGAGUUGCGCUGUCGUGAGGAGGAGUUGAAGCGCGCGGCGCUGGAGCAGAAGUCUCACGAGGAGUUUCUCCGUCAGCGCGAGCAGCAGUUAGCGCAGUGGGAACAGGACGUGUUUGAGCGGGAACUUUCACUCCUCAUCCUCCAUCUGAACCAGAACCACAAACCUAAUGUGAAGAAGCGCAAAGGAACGUUCAAGAAACACAAACUCAAAGUGAAGAACGGAGAGAAAAUCAGCAUGCCGCAGGAUUUUAUCCACAAGAUCACAGUUCAGGCAUCACCGGGUUUGGAGAAAAGACGGAAUUCUCCGGAUCUGGGCUCGCCGUCCAUUGGUCCGCGCUUCCGUGCGAUACAACUGAGUCCCAGCGACAGUCGAUGGAGUUCAGUUUGGCCACUGGAGUCUCUUCCUGUCAAACAGAUUAAUGGCGAGAGGAGGUUCACUCCUCAUCUGAGUCCCAAAAGCCCCAAAAGUCCAAAGAUCCUGCGACUCAGUUCACAGGAGAACAGUCUAUCAAUGAGAGCAAAGCUCUUGGGUGUGGACAGUAAUGAAAAUGAUGAUUCGAAAGCAGAUUUUGAGGAGUACAGACCGAUUACACCAGAAUACAACCACAACGAGGGCUCUGAGAGUGAGGAAGGCGGUUCAUCGCCCUGCGGCUCUCCCAAACCGGAUCAGCCCGGACCAGCGUCUCUGGCUAAGAGUACACACCACGCGCUGCUCAGUAGCGCCGCCCUGCUGGCAUCCGUCGCUCUGGGACGCUGUCUGGAGCCUCAACACCCCCCCACGCCACCCCCACGGGCCUCCUCGCGGACUAACCUGCCCACGCUGGACCUGGAACCGGAUCGCUCUCCAGACCAUCCCGCCGAACCCACCAUGGUGGGUGAUCUGAUCACGUUCAGCACGGACUCACUACCGCGAGCGUUUUUGGACACAUUGAAACCGCCAGAGAUUAAACCGUUACCGCUCACACCCCCUCCGCCGAACCCGCGCGAGAGAGACCGGUCAGGCCAUCGCACGCCACAGCACAGUCCCGGAGACUGGACGACGUAUACGAACGGGGAGACGGCCAAUGAGAAUUCAUAUCAGAGUGGAGAGCGGCGGAGGAGAUCGAGUAACGGACUUCACUCUUCACAGCUGGUGUUGGAUCUGCCAUUGUAUCAAGACAGUUUUGAGUCCGAGGACAAAUCUCCAAUGCCAUUCGCUCUGUAUCCAGACCCUCGACUGUGGAGCCCCAAAACCCGUCGUCUAGAGGUCAACAUCGUCCCGCGCCCCCGGCCAUCCCCUAUCCGACAACGCAUUGACCCUUGGAGUUUUGUAUCGGCUGGCGUGACAGACAAACCUGCUGCCAAGAAAGCCACUUGUUCAAGCAGUCCCACGAGCCCUCGACUGGGAUACCACCCCUCGCCCACAAACCCCUUCACAAACUGUGACCCCUUCCCUUCCCCGGACUGUGACCCCUUCAAUCUAAAGCUUGACCCUUCCAUGAACACGGACCACUUGUCCUUUGACCCCUUCUCCACCCCCUUCCCAACCUCACGCUCCGCCCCCUGUUCGACAAACGGAAGCCCCAAUCUUUCUCUCAGGGUGGCCCCUCUAAACCUGGUGGACUCACCGCUCAUAGACCUUGGAUGGGUGGGUGUCAACAAACCGCUAGAUGUCGCCAAAGAGCGAGUCCACCCUCGCCGAACUCUCGGGCUCAGCCCCUUCAAGUCGCCUACGCAACUUAGAGAUGACAGGUUCUGAACGUUAAGUCCAGAA